AUGGGUAAUCUGACCAUAAUCAAGGAAUUUCUUCUCCUUGGAUUUGGGAGUCUCCAUGGGUUAAAUUAUUUCCUAUUUGGGAUAUUUCUAGGAAUCUACAUAGUUACCUUACUGGGGAACAUUCUCAUCCUUACAGUCAUUUCCCUGGAUCGCAGCCUCCAAAUCCCGAUGUACUUUUUUCUCUCCAAUUUCUCCUUCCUUGAGAUCUGGUACACUACCUCCAUUUCUCCUAAGAUGCUGAAGACCCUUCUGUCAGGUCCUGAGGUAAUUUCCUUUGCAGGUUGUGUGGCCCAGUUUUAUUUUUUUGGUUCCAUGGCAGUAGUUGAGUGUUUUCUGCUAGCAGCCAUGUCUUACGACCGCUACCUUGCUAUCUGCAGCCCCCUUCAAUACCCAUCCCUCAUGAACAUUCAUACAUGCAUCCUGCUUGCAGGUGGUUCUUGGCUGGGUGGAUUCUUAACACCAGUUGUUACUGUCACCAUGACCUUCCAGCUGCCAUUCUGUGCAGCCUAUGAGGUUGAUCACUUCUUCUGUGACUUGGCUCCUGUGCUGAAGCUGGCCUGCUCUGGUGCUGAAACCGUUGAGAAAACCACCUUCCUCAUGGCCACUUUUGUCACUAUGGUACCUUUCCUACUAACAGUGGCCUCUUAUAUCCGCAUUGUUGCCACUGUGCUCAGGAUUCCUUCAGCUUCGGGAAAGCAACGGGCCUUUUCUACCUGCUCCUCUCACCUCAUUGUGGUCACUCUGUACUAUGGGACACUAGGAACAGUGUAUGCCAUUCCCACAGCAACCCAAGCUGCUGCCCUUAACAAGAUCUUCUCCUUACUCUACACUGUGGUUACCCCCAUGAUUAACCCCAUAGUAUACAGCCUAAGAAACAAGGAUGUUAAAAAGGCAGUGAGAAAGCUCAUGAGUCAUUGGGCAUAUUUCAAGUGA